AUGCAGCUUUGCUCUUCGCGCGGCACGAUCGCGCUUGGCAAUAAAAUCUUCUUGAAAAGAUACGCGCCGUCAUAUAACUUUGUUCCGUGCGAGGGUGUACGGCCGCGCGCCGGGUCGCGCGCCGUCGAAGCGCGUGCUGUGGCAAGCCGCGCGCCGCUCAACAGCAGCGGCGAUCGCAGCGGCGGCGCGCGCAGCGGCAGCGGCAGCGGCGCCGAUGCCCAGAGCGGUGCUGACGGCGGCGACCCGCUGAUUGCGCUGCUCGAGGAGCAGUCCCUCAGGCAGCCCACGGUGCAGGUGCCGGCUGAUCUCGGUGACGAUGGCGCCGGCGGGCGCGCCCGGGGCAACGGGCUCACGCGCGAGGCGUUCGCCGCGCUCCUCCUGCAACGCCUGACCAGCGACGACGGCGAGGGCGGCGCAGGCCCCUGGGAUCCCGUGGCGCUCCAGCAUCAGCAGCAGCGGCAGCAGCAGCAGCGGCAGCGAGCCACACAUGGCGGCACCGGGCCGCUCGUGCCCGCCAGGAUGCCCUUUGAGGCGAUGUACCGCCAGCUGGCGGCCUUCCGCGCCCGCCACGGCGCCGCGCACGUGCCGCGCUUCUGCUUCGACGCGCCGGCGCUGGGGGCGUGGGCGCGGUGGCUGCGGAAGCGGCGCGUGGAGGGGGAGCUGCCGCAGUGGCAGAUCGACAGCACCUACCCACCCUCAAAUUAA